CCCCCAUUUCAACCGCUAAAGAAACAGAGGCCUUCGCGCCGGGACAGGUUCCUCCUCGUGAUCAUCUUCGGCGCUGUUCUUGGAUCGGCAGAGGGGCUUGUGCUCGAUAGAUCCCUCCGUGAUGGCCAGCAAUUUCAACAGAGCCGGUCCUUCGUACGGCGGCGCCUCUCCUUACAGAUCACAAGAGGGGCUUAGUACGAGGCCGGUUGGUGGUUCUGAUGAAAUUCAGCUGCAAAUCGAUCCGAUGCACGGGGACUUGGAUGAUGAGAUCGGCGGUCUUCGAAAUCAAGUCCGGCAGUUGAGAAACGUAGCACAAGAUAUACAUACGGAAGCAAAAUUUCAGAAUGAUUUUCUUAAUCAGCUGCAAAUGAUUAUGAUCAAAGCGGAAGCGGGAGUGAAGAACAAUGUCAGGAGGCUUAACAAGAGCAUUGUCCAGUAUGGCUCAAGGAAUGUUAUGCAUGUCAUUGCCUUCGCGUUACUGGUCUUCUUCAUUGUCUAUAUGUUGUCGAAAAUGUCUAGGAGAUGAGAUCUGUUGCCCUACCCCACAGAAGACUGAACAAACAAUGUUCAUAUGCUGCAUUCUCUAGCUCGUACAAUCGUAAACUUUAGACAUCAUAUGAUAUUUGAAGUGAAGUCGUUUUGCAGUAAGGCUUUGCUCUAAAUUCUAUUCGACAUUUGAUUCUUUUUGAUAGUGAAGGUGAGUAGAUUUCCAGUUUUUCGCCGAAUCUUUGCCCUUGGUGGUCAAUUGAACUACCAUUGUGCCUAAUAUGUGAAAGCUGCUGCGUCUGCAGACUGGUUGAUUUCAGCAUCAAUGGAUGGUGAGACAAUUUACUUA